CACGACCUCCACCAAAAAGGUUUUGGAGGAUAAAGCCGUGGAUAGAUUAAAAUAUAUGUGUGUGUGUGUGUGUGUGUGUGUGUGUGGUGGGGGCUGAUCUGUUCAUGCUCAGGAGGAGGUUCCUGCGCCGCGGGAACGUUUAACUGGAGGAGCGGAGUUUUCCGAUCAAAUCCCCUUUUUCCAGUUGCGGGUGCGAGUGCAGUUCAGUGCUCAGUGCGCGCGCCGGCGGCGUCGGAGGCGCGUCAGGUUUCCCGAGCCGCUUUUCCUUUGCGCACGCACGAGCCGCAACGUGACUUCACGCCUUCAGGACGCUGAUCCGAUAUCCGUCACCGGGGAUAUUGACGUCUUUCGGCUUUCACGUUUCCGAGCAUCUUUUCCCAAAGCCAUUGGAGGAUAUACCUGGGAAAAGAGACCGGGAGUCGUGGCGCGCGCACUCGCUGCGCAUUCGUGCUUAAAAGAAGCUGCACGAUUCCGAAACCUUCCCGAGAUCCAUGUCUUCACUUUGACCGGAUUUUAACAUCAUUAUUAUUAUUAUUGUUUUUUUUUUUUUCUUUUUAUAUAAUAUAUUUUUUUUUACACUCGGGGACUGAGUGAUGUUUUCCACACCGCGCGAGACCAUGAGGCUGGUCGUCACGCGCAGAGUCUUCUUCUUGUUUUUAUUAAUGCAGACUCCUCAGGUAAUCGCGUCCAUAAUUACAGGAACGGAGGCGAGCUGUGACAACGAGGGAGAGGUUCUGCACAUCCCCAACAUCACCGACAACCCCUGCAUCUCCUGCGUCUGUCUGAACAAUAAAGCAGACUGCAAGCAGGAGAAAUGCCCUCUAGUGGGAGACGACUGUGCUUUGGUGGUGAAACAGACCGGAGCCUGCUGCGAAAGAUGCAAAGGCUGUCAGCUGGAAGGGAAGUCCUAUAACAGCUCGUAUUCAUGGACGACCCCGACCAUGCCGUGUAUCACACGCCGGUGCCAGGAAGGUGUAAUAACCGAAGCACAAAUGCAGUGUGUGGUCCCCUGCAAAAACCCCAAAAUCCAUCCCAAGAAAUGCUGCCCUUCCUGCCCAGGUUGUAUAUUCGAGGGUCGUCUGUAUAAAGAAAGGGAAGAGUUUCACCCCGAGGGAAAGCCCUGCAUCAAAUGCACGUGCACCGGAAGCCGAACAAUGUGCCAUAGGGAGGUGUGUCCUGUCCUGUCUUGCCCCUCCCAUCUGAGUCACACCCCUCCAGGACAGUGUUGUCCCAGGUGCCAGGGUCAGAGGAAGGUGUUCGACUUGUCUCUGGGCAGCUGCUUAUUCCAUAGUGAGGUCUAUGAGAAUGAUACAUCCUUCAGCUUGGAUAACUGUACAACAUGCACCUGUCUGGACUCCACAGUGGUGUGUAGGAAACGCUGUUCACUAGCAGGAAGCUGCCAGAGUGACCAGUGCUGCCCUGAGUGUCUCUCUUACCUAAAGACAGAGGACAUCAAAUACUGCAGAGUCAAAAACAAGAUUUACAGGGAUGGGGAUCACUGGUCAUCUGUGAACUGCACAUUAUGCACCUGUGUAAAGGGGACCAUCGAGUGUCAGCCUAAACAUUGUGUGCCAGUGACCAGCUGUCCUGCGAAUAAGAUACUGAACCGGACUGGCUGCUGUCCUGUUUGCACUGAAAAACCAGGUGUGUGUACUGUAUUCGGCGACCCCCAUUACAACACGUUCGACGGACGCACCUUUAACUUCCAGGGCACGUGUCAGUAUGUCCUGACCAAGGACUGCACGUCAGCGAGUGGCUUCACUGUGUUGGUGAAGAAUGAUGCUCGAAAAACACGCUCGUUCUCCUGGACCAAGUCGGUGGAGCUGCGUAUGCCGGGGAUGACCGUGAGCCUGCACCAACACUUAACAGUGCGUCAGAACGGCACUCGCGUCGCUCUGCCGUUCCACAGCACCGGCGUCCACAUCGACCUCGAUGGAUACCUGCUGAAACUCACCACCAUCAUAGGUCUGGAGAUCACAUGGGAUGGUGACAGUCUGGUGGAAGUAGUCGCCGCUCCUCAUCUGAAGAAUCGUCUCUGUGGUCUGUGUGGUAACUACAAUGGUCACAGGCGGGAUGACUCGGUGGGAAGUGAUGGUCAGUUCAAAUACGACGUGGACGAGUUUGCAGAUUCAUGGCGUGUGGAUGGUAAUGAGGUGUGUGAGCAGCCUCCCCGCAGGCCCACGCCAUCUCUCUGCCCAGGCACGGUCAAGGUGAAGAUUCGUGCACACCGCUCCUGCCACAAGCUCAAAUCCUGGGAGUUCCAGAAGUGCCACUCUGCGGUCGAUUUUGCCCCCUUCUAUAGGUCGUGUGUUACGGACAUGUGUGAAUGCCCAGUGCAUAAGAACUGCUACUGCGAGUCCUUUAUCGCCUACAGCCGGGCGUGUGAGAGAGAGGGAGCGCCUGUGCUCUGGAGGCCUGAACAGUCUUGUAUGACCACGCAAUGCAGACACGGCGCCGUGUACGACACCUGCGGCCCCGGCUGCACCAAAACCUGCGACAACUGGAAUGAGAUCGGACCGUGCACGAGACCCUGCGUUGCCGGCUGCCACUGCCCUGCUAAUCUGGUAUUCAACCAGGGCCAGUGCGUAAAACCCAUGUCCUGCCCAGGCCGGUGACCCGAGUGACUCCGGCGUCCCUGCAUGCAGGCGAGUGGCCAAAGACACCCCCCAAAAAAAAACACAGUGGGAAUGGUGAGCCUGUGUUACUCUUCAGGUAUCGGGAUAGCGGGACAGGAUAAGCGUGAACCCUGAGCACAUCGCACAGACUGCGCCACCUUCGUCCCAUCUUGUUUACUGCACGAGCAGCUCGUGUUCAGUUCACGUUGGACCUCCGACUGCAGGAAAGACGCCAACUGGAGACUCAAUAGAAGGCAUUCAACAAAAAAGGACUUGUACACAGAAAAAUGCUAAUUUUAUUAACGUCGAUUAAAUGAAUUAUUUAUGUA